AUAUUUGAAGUCAUUUCCCCGAUAGGCUGGCAUCACUGGUUCAGACCCUUCGCCAGCUCAGGACAAAAUGAAUCAAUUAACUGGAAGGCUUGGCAAUUUUUUGUGCCAAAGUGUGCAAUUUGCAGGGUGUAGGCUGCAACAGGUGCGUACAAAAUAUGCCGAUUGGCGAAUGAUUCGCGAUGUCAAGCGACGUAAAUGUGUUGCGGAACACGCAAAGGAGCGAUUACGUGUAAAUGCGUUACGAAAGAACGAUAUUUUACCAGCGGAGUUACGAGAGGUUGCUGAUGCUGAAAUAGCCGCUUUCCCGAGGGACUCGUGUUUGGUGAGGGUGCGCGAGCGUUGUGCGCUUACGUCACGCUCUCGAGGUAUUGUACACCGGUACAGGCUAAGUCGUAUUGUCUGGCGAAGUUUGGCUGAUUAUAAUAAGUUAUCGGGCGUUCAGCGUGCAAUGUGGUAAAACUCAUGCAUGACUAGAUUUAAUAAAUCUAAAAUAAAUUACAUUA